AUGUCCGCCGCGGUGCGGUCUGCGCCGCGGACCUGCGGCAAGCGCGCCUCCCAGCAUGCGGUUCCUCUGAGGAAAGCCCAGGACCUUCGCGGCACGGGCCCUGCGUCGCGCCAUCAGGGCAGCAUCUGCACUCCCGCCUGCAGUGUCGCCGCGGCUCAGGACCCACCGGCGCGGAGGUCCCGCCGGCGGGCGGUCAGAGUCUGCGUCUACAUUGAGAGGAGGCAGAAGCGCAAGCUCCGGAAGCUGCAGGCGGCCGCGGUGGCGCUGGCCUCGCUUGCGGCCAGCGAGCUGGCAUGCACCGAGUCCGCUGCCCAGGCGCUUGCGGACGCGACGGACCCCGUGCUCGGGAUCACCUGCAACCUGACGCUGGCGGUGGCGGUCACGCUGCUGAACCUCCGCAAGGCGCGAGAAUCGCCCGAGUGGUCGUGGAGGCACCUCUCGGAGAUCAUGAACGACAAGAUAUGCUUGUCAGUCAUAGCAAGCCUGUGCCUGUACGACCUCAUUGCACACCCGCUCAAUUUCUAA